AUCAUCUUCCUAUAUAAACAUCCUUACACCCAUAUCCUUAAUCACCUCACAUAAGAUCACAUGUUAUAAUCUUCUUUCAGCUUUUAUUCUCACUCCUCACCAUGGACUACUCCUUCAUCUUCUACUCCCUGGCCCUCUCUCUUCUCAUCUUCAAACUCCUCUCAAAUUACUACCAAUCCAACGAAUCCAGUAAACAGCUUCCUCUCCCUCCAAGCCCUCCCUCCCUUCCCAUCCUCGGCCACCUCCACCUCCUCAAGAAACCCCUCCACCGCUCAUGCUUCACCAAGAACGACCUCGCCUUCGCCUCCCGCCCCCAACUCCCCUCCUCCAAGAUCCUGUCCUACAACUACACCACGCUCUCCUCCUCCCCAUACGGCCCACACUGGCGCAACGUCCGCCGCAUCGUCACCCUCCACCUCCUAUCCUCCGCGCGCCUGCACUCUCUAUCCGACAUCCGAUACAACGAGAUUAAGUCUUUCAUACAUGAAUUAUUUAUUGAGUGUGAUGGGAUGGAGAUGAGGAAGGUGGAGCUCAAACCGAGGUUUCAGCGAGUGGGUUUCGGGUUGAUGAUGAGGAUGAUAGUGGGGAGAGAGGAUGGGGGCCGAAACGAGGAGGCGGCCAGGUUUAGGGAGAUGAUGGAGGAGGUGUUGGGAAUGAUCGGAGUGUCGAAUGUUUCUGAUUUCUUGCCGGCGGUGGUGAGGAUGGUGGAUUGGGGAGCGGUGAGGAAGAGGUUGAGGAGGGCGGAAGUGAAGAAGGACAAGAUAUUGCAGGGAUUGGUUGAUGAGAAGAGGAGGAGGAGGAGGGAGAAAAAGGGAAAGACUCAGAAGAGUAUGCUUGAAGUUUUGUUGGAUUUGCAAGAGGAGGAUCCUGAGUAUUAUACUGAUGAGAUCAUUAAAGCCAUGAUAGCGACCUUGUUCUUUGCAGGAACAGACACUUCAUCAGGAACAAUAGAAUGGGCAAUGUCACUUCUCCUCAACAACCCACAAGUCCUAUGUAAGGCUAGAGCCGAGAUAGAUACAAGCAUCGGACAAAGCCGCUUAUUGCAAGAGCAGGACCUCCCCAAUCUGCCUUACCUCCAAGCAAUCAUCAACGAAACCCUCCGACUUUAUCCCGUAACCCCACUCCUCGUACCUCACGAGUCACUCGAAGACUGCGUCGUUGCAGGCUACCACGUUCCACGCGGCACGAUGUUAUUGGUGAACGCGUGGGCCAUUCACAGAGACCCUGCAAUAUGGGCCGAGCCCUUGGAGUUCAGGCCUGAGAGGUUCGUCGGCGGAGGAGGAGACGGUGGUGGUAAAGUUAUGCCGUUUGGGAUGGGGAGGAGGCGGUGCCCGGGUGAUGUGCUGGCAGUGAGAUUGAUCGGACUGGCGCUGGGGACGAUGAUUCAGUGCUUCGAAUGGGAGAGAAUGAGGGAGGAGGCGAUCGACAUGGAGGAAAUGGGAGGGCUUACACUUCGUAAAGCCCAUCCUCUGCAAGUCAUGUACAAACCGCGACGGAGCAUGAUGGGUGUUCUUUCACAUGUUGCAAACUAGAACUUCUCAUAGUUCACUUCAACCUAGCUAUAGCUCGACCGAUCGAGCCGGUCAUCAGGGACUCGUGUUUGUCUAUCUCUUUGAAUAAAGGUGUAUAGUUCUGUCGUUUAUCCGUUCUAUUAAUGGGAUCAUGUCAUACCCUGAAAAAAAAUAUUCUAUA